UUAGCGGCGUGAUAUUUCUGCUGUGGACUUGUGUGUCAUUUUUAAACUUGGAGAGGCUCCAUGUCAAAAGAGCACGCGGCGUCUCCCUCCGGCGUUAUGGGAAGCAUGGUCUCGCGCUCCGGCAGACCUUGCGAUAUCGCACGCCGCCUGCUACGCAGAAGCAACGCCACUUGGUCCCUCACGGUCUCUCAGACGAAGUCGAUCACGGCGCACGGCAAGUCCGGUGACGUUGACAAGGCCUUGGAGCUGUUCGACCAAAUGCCCCACAGAAACCUGGUCGCGUACAACGCCAUGCUCUCCGUCCUUAUCGAUUCCGGACGAUUGGAUUCCUCCUUGCAAUUCUUCUCCAGGAUGCCUCUCAAGAAUUCCAGGUCGUACACGUCGAUGAUCACCGGGAUGGGGAGGUCCGGUCGCGUCAGGGAAGCGCGACGGCUGUUCGAUUCGAUUCCUUCGCGCCACCGCAAUGUGUUCGCUUGGACAGCCAUGAUCUGUUGCUACGCUCAGAACGACGAACCUCUCCGAGCCGUGAAGCUGUUCACGGACUCCUACGGCGAUUUCUCCCAGUCGAAGGUGGCACCCAAUUCCCAUACUUUUAGCCUUCUGCUCAAGUCUUGUGGUUCCUUGAAAUCUCUCGUAUAUGUGAGGCAGUUCCACUGUAUGAUAGCGAAGAUUUUGGACUUAGAAACGAAAUGUUGCAUCUUUGUUCAGAAUGCUUUGGUGGAUGCAUACGCGAAAUUGGGAUGCUUGAUCGAUGCAGAGCGUGUCUUUGGUAGGAUGAAGUGGAAGGAUUUGGCUUCAUGGAACACCAUGAUGGACUGUUACACCCACAACUUGUUAUUACAUCAAGCUUUUGAGAUCUUCAACUCGAUGAAAGACAAGGAUAUCCUUUCAUGGAACAUUAUGAUGUCUGGUUUACUUGAAUCUCGUCGUGGAUUAGAAGUUCCAAAUCUAUUCCUUUCUUUGUCAAGAUUAUACCCGGAGAGUAAGCCCAAUUCAUCAACGUACAGCAUAGUCUUAUCUGCAUGUGCUACUCAUGCAAUGCUCGAAUUUGGAAGGCAGAUACAUUCUUGCUCUUACAAAAUCAGUUUAUACCCAUAUAAUAUUUUUGUUUCCAACGCCUUGGUCACCAUGUAUGCCAACUGCGGACUGAUGAAAGAAAUGGUGGAAGUGUUUGAUGAAUUGCCAAACAAAGAUGUGGUUUCAUGGAACUCAGUGAUACAAGGUUUUGGGCAGAAUGGGGAAGCUCGAGAGGCCCUGAAUUUGGCAAAGAAGGCGUUAGAUUCUGGUAUGUUUAAUGCGAACACCUUUACUGCUAUAUUCACCAGUUGCAGCCAUGGUGGCUUGGUUAUUGAAGGGUUGGAUUACUUUAACUCCAUGAGGAGGAAAUAUGGCAUAGAACCAAAUUUGGAUCAUUAUGUUUGUGUAGUAGAUUUGCUUGGAAGAGCUGGCAUGGUGAAGGAAGCUAAUGAUCUGUUGGGAAGCAUGCCUUUUCCAGCAAAUUCUGUUGCAUGGUCAACUCUUCUCAAUGCAUGUUCGCUACAUGGGAGCGUAGACAUUGGCAGAGUUGCAGCACGAAAACUGCAGAUGAUGGAGCCUGGAAGUGUAAAGAGCUACCUAGCACUGGCAUCUGCUUAUAACAGGACUGGAAAUGAAGGGGCUUCUUCGAAACUUCUUGAUCCUAUAGUAGAAAACCAUACAGUAAAGGAACAUGGAUCCAGUUGGGUUAUCAAAAUGUAGAAUCUUUCAUGGAAUUGAACUGUCAUCCCACGUCUGCUGGUAUAUAGUUCGAGGAAUGGAUAUAGUGUGUGAUUUACCAUUGUACAUGUUACAAGGAAUAUGUAUUGUUCAAACUCACAGAAGAAAUUCAUCUUACAAGGACUAAAAGGAGAAUUGGAACGAUUACUUGAUGGAAAUAAAGAUGUUGAUUGAGAAAUAUUUGUUUGGCUUCUGGCAUGUCUGAGGAGAUUCAAUAGAAUUUGCACUUCCACAAAGCUUGAAGUUUGGGUUUUCAAGGAAAAUCAGGUUCAUCUUUUGCGAUCUGAUUGAAAAGGGGGAGAUUGAACCUACCAGAAUCCAAUGCCGGCGUGGCCCGUGAUCUUGGAUAUGCUAAACAGCAUAAUGCCUUCAUCUGCUGGUGCCGCAAUGGGGUAAUAAUGAGGCCAAUAGUAGGAACGGUCAAAGAUCACCGGCGAUCCACCAUCGCCUUCUCGAGCAUUUAGCGAAGUAACAUGCUCGACAACAUUUGGCGGAGUUGAGGAGUUGUUGUUGGCAGAGACAGCGU